AGGGCCUUUUUGUGUGCUCAAGUGUGGACUGUUAUAUUACAUAGGUAGGAAGAAGAUUGGGCUGAAUAUCGAUUGCACUUGUGGAAAUUAUAGCUGCAGGACUUGCUGCUUAUAAAGCACUUGUGCGCAGGCUAUUUAUUGGUCAACAACUAUCAAAAUCAGAGAGUGUUUGUGAACCAAUUCAACCCCAUUGAUAGCUGAGGCCUUGACCUCUCCAAAUCGUCGACGUUGCUAUCACAUCCAGAGUCCACAAGGCAGCCAAGGUACAGAUAUAGAUAGAUAGGUUGGGUUGAUUAGGCAGUCGGGCCGGCAAAAACCUUUUCAUUCACAAAGGCCAACUCUAUCACGCUGGGCAAUCUCACUCAAGGGUCGCUAUUAACCUGAAAAUGGCAACUGGAAAGUAUGAUAUUCCUUUGCUUCCUGCGCGAUAGUAGCCAAGCAAUUGCUGAUUAUGCAUUACCAAGAAGAACGUAUGAUGACUACACUAUAGGAUGGGUAGCCACUAUACCUUCUGGGGUAGCCGCAUUUCGGGCGUUGCUGGACGAAGAACACGAGUCGCUUCCACCACAAGAUGAUCUGGACGACAACAGCUAUGUUCUUGGCCGGAUGGGGGGCCGUAAUGUUGUUUUGGCAUAUCCCGGAGAGUCCAAGAGUACCCUUGCUGCCGAAAUUGUAUCCAAUAUGGCCUAUUCCUUUCCCAAAAUUCAGCUGAGAUUGAUUGUGGGAGUAGGCGGUGGUGCUCCGCAGCCAGAACCCGAUCCGAAGAAGGACAUUCGACUUGGCGAUGUUGUUGUUGGCUUUCCCAAUGGGGAAAACAAUUGCGUGGUGCAGUGGGAGAAGAGCACGGGGGAAGAGGGCAGUUUUGUGGUGACAUGUCAUCUUAAUGGGCCUCCUCCAGUAUUCAUCGAGGCAAUUGAAGAGCUGAAAUCAGUCCAUGCGGCUGAAAAUGGCACCAUGCAGCGAUACAUUGAUGAAGCCAUCCAGUCAAAUUCCCCCGGCAUGGAAACCUUCAAGUAUCCGGGGCUCGAGAAGGAUCGAUUGUUCCGAUCAGGCUACAUACACAAGGCCGUGAAGCCAAAGAGUGCGGACGGUUGUGCGGCAUGUGAUAGGGAGAAAAUCAUUGAGCGAACAACAAGGGAACCAUCGCAUGUCAUGGUUCAUUACGGCCAGAUCGCCUCUAGCAACAAAGCGAUGAAGGCUUCUAAGAAGCGGGAUUCUCUUAGAAAAGAGUGGGGGGUUCUCUGUUUCGAGAUGGAGGCGGCCGGUCUCACGAAUGACUUGCCGUUUCUUCUCAUCAGGGGCAUUUGUGACUAUUCAGACAGUCACAAGAAUAAUGAAUGGCGGCCCUUUGCCUCUCUCACGGCCGCCGCAUACUCCAAGGAUCUCUUGAUGGUGCUUCCGUCGCAGGAGGACGGGGCUAUGCCGCCCGCA